GCCAGAAAAGAAAUCAGCCAUGAGAGAGGCGAUGGAGAGAACUGAGGUCUACGAAUACCUGCUGUCUCUUACCUCAGGGUUCAGCCAGGAGCACUUCCAGGAACUCAAGUGCAUUCACGCCAGCAAGCUAGCUGAGGUUGGACUUGAUGCUGUGGCGCUGGACUACUACGAGAUCAUCACUACAACGAUCCUCAGUUUCCCUGAUCGCAUCCAGAGCACUGUGGUGGAAUUGCUUAUAUCGCUCUCUGAGAAGCUGCUUCAAAGGAUGGAAGCAGAAGAACCCAAGUGGCUGAUGAAACUUCGCCAGCUGCUGCCAGAUAAUACAGACCAUUGUAGCCCUUCUGAUAAACAGAAUGGGUCCGGCUCUAAAUCUGAGAGAAAUCUGGUGUUCGACUCUUCAGUUCACAGUGAGUUUGAUUCACGGUACACCGUUGGAGAGCUGCUAGGGGAAGGAAGCUACGGCUCAGUCUACGCUGGAGUCCGUAAGGCAGAUAAACUUCCGGUCGCCAUCAAAGUGUUGGCCAGAAAUCCCGAUGAUAAACUAUUCACCAUCCCUGGAGAGACACUCAAGCUCCCUCAAGAGGUGGCUUUAAUAAAGAUGGCAUCUGAGGCUCCUCGCUGUGAGAGCGUGGUGGAGCUGCUGGAGUGGUUCAAGACGUCCCAUAACUACAUCUUAGUGCUGGAGCGACCCGUCCCCUGCAUGGACCUCUGUCAUUAUAUUGAGCAUUACAAACGACUGCCUGAACCAGUGGCUCGGAAGGUCAUGUGGCAGUUGGUUCAGGCUGUGGAUCACUGCUAUAAACUUGGAGUUUUUCACCGGGACAUCAAGCUUGACAAUAUUUUGAUCAAUCCCGACACGCUGGCCAUAAAGCUGAUCGACUUUGGCUGCGGGGAACUGGUGACAAACGAGCCCUACAGGGACUUUUCAGGCACUCAGGGUUACUAUCCUCCUGAAUGGGUUCUCCAGAGACAGUGUUUGGGCGUUCCUCAUGCUGUCUGGAGUCUGGGAGUAGUCCUGUACGAAAUAGUCUGCGGAGAGUCGGCCUUCAUAGACGAUGAAGAGAUUAUUAAUAGACGGCUGUGCUUCCAUUCUUAUAUGUCAGACGAGUGCUGGGAUCUGAUUCAAUGCUGCCUGCAACGGGACCCUGAUUCUCGGCCAGAUUUCAGUAAAAUCCUGACCCACAGGUGGUUUAAGAAGUAAAUUCAGGACUCGAUCCAGACCCUUCCUGUCUACUAGGAUCUGAUAACAACAGACGGACAGACGACAGAAUGAAAGAAACAAAGAAACUAAAAUAAUGAAAAAUGCCCCUACCCCUGCUCGACUCUGUCGGACCUUCUCGUGUUAGUCUCCGUUAGUU